AUGAAGACCACCGCGGCCAACGCCAUGCAGCGCAUCUGUGGGAGGAAGAUUCGCCGCCCCGCGAAUGUUCCAUAUGUCCGCCACGGGGUGCCGACCGCUGCAUCCCGCAACGAUAAGGCAAACUGGCGCCGUUCACUCAGUGACCUGCUGAACCGCCCCGCGAGAACCGUCAUCGGCCCCUUGAAGAAAGACGGCAUCCUGCCGGAAUGGAGCGGCGAGACGUGCCCGCGCUGCCACGUCGGGACGCUUGGCCCGCUCAAGAAGUAUCUGCCGAAGAACGGAGGUUGGGCUCAUCGGCGCGGCCAUGACGCGUGCCGUCGGCACGUGGUCCCCCACGCGUUCCACCCGAUCUUCGCGGUGGGGACAGGUCAGUCUCGCGUGAGCUCGACGGGCCAGGCGCCCAUCCUCUUCGUUGCUGUGUCUGGAUGCAGCCAAAACCAGGCCAGGAAGCUGCUGAAGCACAACCGCAAAACUACGCAGCGGAUUUAUAGUUCACUGCGCGCCGCCCGCGCCAAGAACGUUUCCAUCUAUGAGAAGAAGAUCAAAUUCGGCAAGCCGGUGAACUGGGCGGACGUCGAGGCGGACGAGGUCGACCUCGCGAAGACCGAACCAAUCCAGUGGGACCAGUGGGGCGGCAUCGCGCAGCGCGGCGCGCCCAAGUCGUUGGCCCUGUUCAAGCUCAAGCCAGAGCGCGCGAAGCGGAGGGCGCCAGGGCCAGGUCCAAUCCGCAAGCGCGAUUGGGCGCCGCUGGCAGAGAAGUGGCUCAAGAACCGCGCGGUGGUCCUGCACGCGGACGGCGCGAAGUCCUACCGCGUGAAGGUCGACGGCGCGAAGCACGAUUGGGUUGUGCACAUGAAGAAGAAGAUUCGCCUCGCAGGCAAAUGGGUCUGGCUGAAACCCGCCUACGUGAAGACGCGGUAUCGCAAUGUGCCUGGCGAGGGCGACCCGAAGAAGACAAAGAAGCUCUGGGUGCGUAGCGGGACGCAGAUCAUCGAUGGCAUCUGGGGGCGCCUGCGCACCUUCAUUGGCAAGCAGAAGCAGGCGGGCUCCAGAGCGCUGACGCACGAGAUUCGGUCUUUCCAGUGGUGCCAGUGGCACCGCGGUUGCCGUUUCAAGGCCGAGCGCGUGCCGAGCUAG